UGCAAUACCAAACUUCCCUGAUGAGGGGAUUUAAAAACCCUGCCAGACAGCACAGUCGGGCAGAACAACGCUGACAGAACAACUGUGAACACAGCACAUUGACACAGCUUCUGAUCUCCAAAUUUCAACAGCAGAUCUUAACUCAGUAAAAGAUGGACUUGGAAAUGAGCUACAUGGCUGAGGAAUGGAGCCUCAAGAUGCCCAAGGGACUGGACUUGGAAGUUUCCCAUCAUCCAGUGACAAUGAAGAGUGUGGUCAACCUCAUCAUUGCCAUGGAGAGGUUCAAGACCAGCAAUUCAGAGCCAGUGCUGAGCACAGACUUCCAGGAUGAAAACCUGCUUUCCAUCAUGCUGGAGAGCAUUGUGGAAGAGCAUAUGAUCGAGAGGACAGGUCCACCACCUCAGUUCACCAGCAGGGAUGAGAUUGAGUGCACUGUGACUGACAGCCAAAAGAGGAGCUUGGUUCUGGUCCAAAGCAGCAUGGAGCUCCAUGCAGUGAUGCUGCAGGGAGGCAGUGAUGACCGCAAAGUGCACUUGAACAUGUCGACCUACGCGCACCCUACACCCAACGCUGAGACCAGGCCUGUCGCUCUGGGCAUCAAAGGCACAAACCUCUAUCUGUCUUGUCACGAGGAUGACGACAAGCCAUCCCUCCACCUGGAGGAGGUGACGGAUAAAAACAGUCUGACAAGGAUAAGCGCUGAAAGCGACAUGGUGCGAUUUCUCUUCUAUAAACGCGACACUGGGCGCAGCAUCAGCACUCUCAUGUCUGUCCGCUGCCCCGACUGGUACAUCAGCACAGCGCAGGACGACGACCAGGUGGUGGAAGUGUGUCAGGAGACCGCCCCACGCUACAGAAGCUUCAACAUCCAGCGCCAGAGUUAAAACCCAUUAAGGAUUCCCAAGAUGAAUUUUGGAGUUUUAUUUGCGCUCCAGUUUGACCUUCUUACAGUAUGUGCUAAGUACAUAAAUUGGAAUAAUUAAUGAUGUAAAGUUACAUCACAAGGUAGCAUCAUUGUGCUCUCUGAGCAUCUGGUGUGUAUUUAUUAAUCAAUAAUUUAACAUACUGUUGAUGCUUUUAUAUAUGUAUUUAUUCAUCUAUUUAUGCUAUUGCAAGAUGUUAAUUAUUUGUUUGUUUGUUUGUUUUUACAAACAAGUAUUUAAAUGAUCUAACAAUCUUAAAUAAAUUUUUUAUUCCCAAUUUA